UACUUGUUUUUCUUUUAGCAAUGGCUGCUUCUGUUGCUCUAAUUUUGGUGGUCAUACUAGUGCCAUUUAUUGGGGUUGUGAAUGGGAAAAAAGAAGAGCUUGAGGGGUGUGAUCUAUACAAUGGAAGAUGGCUUUAUGAUUCUUCGUACCCACUUUACAAUUCAAGCCAGUGUUCCUUCAUAGAGUUUGAAUUUGAUUGCCAGCAAAAUGGUCGUCCUGAUGAUCUUUAUCUCAAAUAUAGAUGGAAACCCAAUUCAUGUGACCUACCAAGGUUUAGUGCAAGGAAGUUCCUGGAGAAGUACAGGAAUAAGAGAAUAAUAUUUGUGGGAGACUCCAUAAGCUUGAACCAGUGGCAGUCACUCACCUGCAUGCUUCAUUCACGAUCUCCUCAUUCUGAAUACUUGUUAGAGCGAGUCCAAGGGGUCUCUACCUUCACCUUUCUGAAACAAAACGUGUCGUUGAUACUUUCCAGAAACGCAUUGCUGGUAGACAUUGCUCACAAGUCAUGGGGGAGGGUUCUAAAAUUGAACGCCAUUGCUGACAACGAUGCUGAACUGUGGCAAGGGAGCCAUGUCUUGGUGUUCAACUCAUGGCAUUGGUGGCUUCACCGUGGCAGGAAACAACCGUGGGAUUUCGUUACAGAUGGGGAUCGUUUAUAUAAGGACAUGGAUCGUUUGGUUGCCUACGAGAAAGCCUUGUUAACAUGGGCUCAGUGGGUGAAUGAGAACAUUGAUUUUACCAAAACCAAAGUAUUCUUCCAAGGGAUUUCACCAACCCAUAUGAAUGCUAAAUUUUGGGGGAACUAUGACGGAGACAGUUGCGGUGAAGAAACAAGGCCAGUGUUUGGUCCUCCACAUCCAAGAAAAAGGCUUCCAGCUCAAGUGAUACUAGAGAGAGUGAUAGGCAGCAUGUCCAAGAGGGUACAUCUGCUUAACAUAACACGAUUGUCACAGCAUAGAAAAGAUGCACAUCCUUCUGUUUAUGGUAUACCAGGAAGGCACAUUGGCAUGGAUUGCAGCCAUUGGUGUCUUCCAGGAGUUCCUGACGCAUGGAAUGAGCUCUUGAUUGCUGAGCUCACAAGGGGUUAAGAUUGUAUGGCCCUGCCUGCACCGGAUGGAUUAGGGAGGGCAAAUAUCAAAGUAAUCAAUGAGUAUCAAGCAAACGAGAUACCAUACACACCUUCAGUUUCAAGUAACCAAUUUCAGAGAUACAAUAAUUGGCCUAGGUUCCUUGUUUUCUUUAUCUAUGGAUUGAAAAAAGAAUGAUAGAUUGGUCUGUCUGCUGAUUAGACCAAAGUAUAGAUGCAAGUUUCAUGCUUCAAUUUCAGAUAAUAUUUACCUUUUAGUCAGCUCUCUUUCAUAUGCAACUUUCAUGCUUCGAUUUCAGUUCCUAUUUAGCUUUCAGUUAGUUA